AUGGCGAACAAAUUGAAUGUCAGUGUGAUAUCUGCGAUUCACGGAAUCAUCACCGGUGAUAAGGCCCUUGUGCUGGUGUCAGGCGUUAAGAGCAAUCGGCCAACACUCAAACUCAAUGAUAGCGACGAAAGCAAUAAUUUGCAACCUGUACCUGAAGACACGUCAAAGUGGAAAGGUGUGCUGACAAGGUUCACUGUUGGAUUUAAUAAGCUCCUUGCAACGGACAGUGGUGUUCAAGCCACUGUCGUUAUCCGAGGCUUUCCUAUCCAAGGUCCAGUUUUCAGUGGGCCUCAUAUCCAGCCAUGGAUGAGCACCACCGAGCAGAAUGACCUAGGACCUGCCGUUGACGAUCACUGCAACGCUCCUACAAUUACCAAGUACUACUACAUGGAUGCGCAAGCCUCUCGAUUCUUGCCGUACGACCAAAGCUGCCCCCCGAAUCCGGAUCAGUUGGCCUACGCUACGACGGACGCAGGGGUUACGGUUCCUUAUAUUGUCCGGCAUGAAAAAGGGACUGCAAAUAGAGGAGUAUGGGAACUCACCACAUUGUAUGACCCACAGAAGCCAUGGACUGCUAUUCAUCCACAGAAGGCAUGGAACCGGAAGCUUUACAUUGUCGCAUUUGGAGGUUGGAACCAACAUUACAGCCAGUCGGUCCUUCAGACGGAAUUGACUCCGGGGAUGAAGUACACGGUAUUCCUAGACAUGGCACUCCGACGAGGAUUUAUGGUCGCUCGCUCGACACAAAUGCAAUCAGCAACAAACUCCGAUUCUGUCCGAGCUGCUGAAUCUAUUCUAAUGCUUAAACAGCAUGUCAUGGUGCAUUACGGAGAGAUCAUAUAUACCCUUGCCUCGGGGCCAUCGGGAGCUUCCAUCAUGCAACAGAUGAUUGCCAAUCAGUACCCCGGUUUGUUCCAAGGAAUCAUGCCUCUAUCCAGCGUCCAUUCUAGUUGGUAUAUUCCUGGGAUCUGUAUCGAAUCCAUGCUUCUGGAGCACUACUGGAGCGAAUCAUCGCCCGAUUUAUGGUCAGAUUCUAAGGCGCGCCUUGCGGUCGAUGGGCAUGUGGACCAUGAUAUCAGGAACUUUUGGAAUACUGUCUUUGGUUCUGAGAAGACUGGUGGUGUGGAUCCGACUCAAGGGACAGGACUGGAGUCGGAUGAAACAUAUAACCCUCGAAGUAAUCCAGCCGGCGCACGAGGCACUCUUCAAGACUAUCAGGUGAACUACCUUGGCAGACGCUCGCGUUCAGAAUGGACCCCCAUGGAAGCAGAAAUCAACAGAGGAUUCGCUAGCCUUCCUUGGGACAAUGAAGGAAUACAGUAUGGCCUGAAUGCGCUUCUCAACCACCAGAUCAGCGUGGAGCAGUUCUUGGAUCUGAACCAGAAAGUGGGUGGAGUUGAUAUUGAUGGCAAAUAUAUCUCUUCUCGAACUGUGGCUAGCCCAGAAGCAAUCGAACGUCUCCAUCGAUGUGGACUGAUCAACGACUUUAGGCACUUAGCUGAAGUCGCGAUCUUGGAUCUACGUUGUCAGGAGAGAGAAGAUCCUAUCAGAAGCCACACUCAGUUUCAUACCUGGGUUUCGAGAUUGGGCCUCACUCGGGCUCAAGGCCAUGCUGAAAACCAGGCUGUAUGGAUUUGUCCGGGUUUCAAAACCGUUCAAGGCCCUCCUGAAGCUGCCUUUUUGUUCAUGGACAGUUGGCUGUUCGCUGCUCACAAAGACACCGCGGGUCUUCCUUUGGCGGAAAAAAUCAGAAAAAAUCGGCCCUCUGACCUCAAAGAUGGACUUUGGAGUCCAGAUGGAAAUCCAAUCAGUGAUGUGGAAUAUAUGAACCGCACUUAUCCAUAUUACGGAGACCCCAGAACUGUGGCUGCUUGCAACAACCUGGGGGCUAUGCUCGUGGCAAAGCCACAGCUUAAGCCGAUUAAUCUAGAGGAUUAUCCAGGGGUAAAUUUCUCUGACAAGCAGUUUCAGCAAUUGAAGCGUAUCUUUCCUAACGGGGUGGCUGAUUGGGAAAAACCCGGUGUUGGAGAAACCCAAAGCAUACCAUGGCUUUCUUACGAAUCAGGUCCUGGGGGACUUCCAAUGAUGUCUGUUGACAAGCCCUAG